CGUCCACCAUCAUCUUGACUCUCGAGCAGCAUCACCCAGCAUGUCCAGAGGAGGGCUCUACGGUGGCAUCAAAUUUGCCUCUGGCACGUCUAUUAGUUCCCCUGCUCCCCCUGCUUCCGCACCCCCAGCUGCUGCAUCCGAGAAACCAGUAGCACAACCCGCUACGGCUGCAGUCCCAGCACCUGCAACUCCACCGGAAACUCCAGCGCAAGGGCCCAGCGCGCCCGCGCAACCCACAGAUGCCUCGAAGGGCUCCGCCGGUAUUGCAUUCAUUGCUGUCGCAUGUCGUCCGUUCAUCGUCCUCACGAAUUCCCUCGAUAACCCAAAGGCUGGUCUGCCUCCCUCGCCUUCGCACCCGUGCGGAGGGCGCCAAAGCCGAAGGCCGCUGCGCCCCGUCUACCUGCGGGUGCAGCGCUGAGUGCGAUGUCCGCCACGGCGACGGUCUUCGCACCGCCCGUCUUGAUCGAGCCCAGCAAGCCUGCUGAGGAGAAGACGGAGACGUCGGCACAUGAGGCCCAAACACAAGGAUGGGGGAAGAAAGUCAAGCCCCCUUCGAUGAUCUUGGAGGAAGACGUCAAUGGAUACAAGGCCGCGCAUGGGAACCAAAACAAGAAGAAGGGUAGCCAUGGCAAGAAGGGAAAGAAGAACAAGCAUGUCCCGGUCAUUCUCGCUUGGGACCCCAUGGAACAGUAUGACCCGAUCCGACCCAACGACUACAACGAGUACAAGGUCUGGAAAUCCAAGGAGCGUAUCGAGAGGCGUCACAGAAUGGCCGAAGAGAGCCGCAAACGCCGCCGCAGCGGAAGUUAUUCGGGAAGCGACUACACAGACUCGGAGGAUGAGAGACCGCGCAAGACAGGGCGCUUUGACGAAUCGUGGGCCGGCGCUCACGACCAAAAUCGUAACGACGAUAUGCAUGUCGACCCUCCACCUGUUGUCGUCGACAAGAGUCUGUCCGGAGAUGAUGCCUAUGCACGCCGUCUCGCCAUGUCCGCGGGCAUGCGAGCGCAGCCACCGCCAGCCUUCGAGCCGCCCGCAGCAAUGGAGCCCUCACCCGCGCCAUCGGGUAGUGGAUCACCUGCGCCUGAAGUCCCUCCCGCCGCCCCUCGUCAUGACGAGACAGGCGAGGAAGCGUACUUGCGCCGCAUCGCGAUGUCGACGCGGCCUCAGGCUGCUGCUCACAUGCAACAACAAGCUGCUGCACCCGUGCAGCCUCCGUCCCGGACGGCGUCCCCCCCGACGUUGGCCUACAAUCCCUUUGCGCCCACCUCAGCGCCUCCGCCUCCGCCCGCAGCAGGACCACCGCCUGUGGCCGGUGUUUCCGCGGUCAAUCAGGCGGCCAUUGAAGCCAGAGCGAAGGCUGCGGCAGCCAUCGCAGCCCGCCUGAGCGCCCUUGCGCCCAAGGGAGGAGAUGAUGCGCCAGCACCUGCUCCGAGCCAGUCAACCCCUCCCCCCGACCAACACACCUUCGCCGCCCGCCUCAUGGCUAAAUGGGGCCACAAAGAGGGCCAAGGGCUCGGCGCGGACGGCUCCGGCAUUGUCAACGCGCUCACCGUCGAGCAAGUGGGUACGACGUCUGGCCCGAAGGGAAAGAAGGGCAAGCAGGCCCAGCAGCAGCAACAAGUUCAGCAACCGAAGGGUCUCGCGGCGAAGAUGGGCAAGAUCGUGAACAACAACGAGGAUGCGAGGGCGAGGGAGGACCGCGAGAGAUUUGGCGAGCCGAGCAGGGUGGUAGUGUUGACGAACAUGGUGGGGCCGGAGGAUGUAGGGGACGAGGAGCUGAGAGGGGAGAUCGGCGACGAAUGCGCGAAGAACGGCACCGUCCAGCGCGUCAUCGUGCAUCUCGCCAACCCGCCGCCAGCCAACCCUGAAGAACUGGUUCGCAUCUUCGUGCUUUUUGCAGGGCCUGCGGGUGCUUGGAAGACAGUUCGGGAGAUGGAUGGGCGGUACUUCGGUGGAAGGAGUGUCCGCGCGCGGUAUUACCCAGAGACGUACUUUACACAGUACCUCCUGGACGAAGCUCUUUAGUUUAUUUUCAAGUGCUGCCACCUCAGUGUACAAUGCUACAUAUCUAUCGAUUGCAUGAUUUCGCUGCUAUCUCCAGCUCGCACAACCCAGGCUUUAGCCAGUUCUUGAGUUCCAAGCCAAUGAACGCGAAAUAAUGAUUAUCAGGGUAAUGAUACAAUCCGUACGUUCAGUGUUCACUCUGUAAGUACAUGCACCCGAACGCGCCUGCAUGCGCCUAGUACACACGCUUAAACGGCGGCACCGCCUUGCACUCGUUCUCAUCCAGCGUCUUGUCGAUGACACCACGGUACGACAACUUGACGUCCGGCUUCGUCGAGUCGUUCUGGAAGGAAAGCGUGUGCUUCAUCCAGCUCUCGUCGUCGCGCUCGGGGAAGUCCUCGCGUGCGUGGGCGCCGCGGGACUCCUUGCGGGCUGCGGCGGAGG